AUGGAGGAAGAAGAUAAAGGUGGAACAUGGAAGCCUGUGGAAAAGGCAUCCCUUCUUCCUGCCACAAAACCACGUCCUGCACCUCGAAAACGGUCACAUCAACCUAAACCAGACAUUACUAUAGAGAAUGGAAAACCUGAAAAUAUUCCACCAAAGCCUGCUGUUCACCCAAAACCACGGAGACCACCACCUAAAGCUCCGAAUGUGAAGACACCUGAAACUGCGGGAAAGGGUGUUAUAUUAAUAAAUAAUAACAAUUUGUCAGCUGACAAGGAACCUCUAGCAAAGCAAGGAUUAGUUAAAAAAGCAAUAAAAAAUAAUGAAAUUCGUGUACCGAAGAUUGAAUCAUCAGUAAAAAGUGUAACUGAAUGUAAUGAUACUAGUAAUGGACCUGUUAAUGAUUCUGUGGAUGACCAGCAGUGGUAUGAACCAUUGAGACCAACAGUGAGUGGUUCGUCUUCAAGCUCUGAUGAAGGAUAUGAAGCUGUCUCUGUUCCAAGGUCAGUAAAUAAGUUUAUUUGUGGAAAACAUGAAAUGAUGGUUAUGUGAAGAACUAUCUUCACUGCCAGCAUGCCUGCAAAGUUGAAAAAUACACAAGAAUUAUUUAAUGCAGGCAUGCCAACAAUAAUGAUAAUAAUUUAAUUUUUCCAUUAUUUACCCUUGGCAGUAUUUAUAGCACUAUAUGCUAGUAGGACCAAGCAAAAGCCUGAAACAAACAAUUCAAAUUGAACUUAAGAGGGUUAGGAAUCCCAACUGGCCAGAGGCAAACCAGUUGGCUAUUUACAAGCAUGGCCAAGGACUCGAACUUGGGACUAUUGGAACAAAUCCAGCUAGCGGUCAGAGUGAGACAUCAACUCCUGCCUUCCGAUUUGCAAGUCCAGCACUCUGUCCACUCCGCCACCCUUCCUCCAGUCGCUGCACUUUAUGCCAUAAUUAACUAUCAAUUCAAGACAAAUGAACUGAAAAAUCUAGAGAAGUUGGUGAAGCAAACAGUUCAAGCCUUAAAGCCUUAUUAGAGUAGACUAGGAAUGUGCAUUUAUGUACUAUCUGUGAAAUAAUUAUAUUCCUAGUCGGUGGUCCUUGAAAAUCUAAUGUGGCCCUUGAACAGUCCUUGAAAAAUGGUUGCAAUUUUUUGUAUGAAACCUGAAUACACUCCUUGUUUUUUAAACAGUACAUGUAUGUCAAAUUUGUUCUCAGGUUAUUUAACCUUUGGUUGAAUUUUGAUUUGCUUUGUCUGCUAGGACUAGGAGACAAAGGAAAUAUAGAAUCAACCUAGGUUAAAUCAAAAUUAACGAAAACAAUUGGUGAUGCAUGACACUUUCAGUUUUACCAUUCACAAUUUUUUUAUUUUUUAAAGUAGGUUUUACAUGUAUGUACAUAAUUAUUAUGUUACAGGUCAAAUUUGAUUUCAGGUUAAAAUUUUUUUAACCUAGGUUGAUAAUUCUCAAUUUCCUCUGUCUUCCAGGGCCAUGAGACAUUGGAAAUUGAGAAUCAACCUAGGUUAAAUCAAAAUUAAUCUGAAAUCGAAUUUGACCUGUAACAUAUAUGUAUAUUGUCUUGAAUGUUUGCACCAUCUUAUGUGUACUAGUAGGCCGUAACCCUUCAGUUAGGCAAAAUUGUUUGAUUUCCAUUCUGAAAACCAAAGUACAACUGUUCUAAUGGUGAAGAUAUAGUGUUUGCAGUAAUAAUACCAGUUAUAAGUAGUACAUGUGUGUGUAAUCAGAUGAUGACAAGUGAAUUUAGGGAAUACGCAUGCAAUUUCAUGGGUUGUUUUGUCCAAAUUCUAAUAAUUUUCAAUAAUUUGCACCAAAAUAAAGGAGUAAUUUGUCACCUAUGAUAUUAUUAUUGUAACAUUAUUCCAAUUUUUUAAUUUUUCAGAGCCAGCAAAAUUACACCACCAUCUCCACGUAAAACAAGUGGAGUUGCUGGAAAUUCUAAUCAGGUUUCCCUCUCCUCCAAAGAAAGUGGUACAGAGCCUCAUAAAGCAAUCACCACAACAAGCAAAGCUUCUCCUCCUACAUCUCAUAAAAUAAGUGGGACAGGGCCCAAGUUUUCCCCUCCCGUCCCCCGCAAAGUUAUCAGUCAAGGGAGUAAAUUUUCCCCACCUACUCCCCGUAAACCAAUUGGUGUAGCAAGCAAGACCUCCCCUCCUGUCACACGAAAAAUUAGUGGCUUAAAAGUUGAAACAACUCCACCAUCUUUUCGUAAAGCAAGUGACACAAGACAGCCUGAGGCAGUUAAAGAUCUGAGCCCUAACACAUCUCCAAGAACUCUUUAUCCAAGUACUGCUAGUAACAAAUCAAAACCGUUACCUCCGAAGAAACCUCUUCCAUCACUGCCAAAAGAUUUAGCAUCUGCAGGACAAACUACAACAACUGAAGCAAAUAAACCUUCCGUGCCCCAAAAGCCACCUCCAGACUUAAGUUCAUCUUCCAAGGGUGAAUCAUCUGUUGCUGCUCUAGCACAAAAACUAUCAACCAUACCUGUAUUUCCUUUCCGCGAUAAUGGUUCAUCGCCACGACCUUCUCCUCAUCCUUCACCUAGGCCAUCACGUAGUCAAGCUUCAAAUUCACCUGGAGAUAAAUCGGAUUCCAAGCCUGCUUUAGGUUCAGUGAAACCAGCAGAGCCUGCUAAACCUAAACUUCUUCCUAAGCCUGGAGUUUUACCAGUAAAACCUCAAGCUGGUGAGUAAAGAUGAAACUUUUGGCAGUGCUUAAGUUGGUGAAGUAAACCGGUCAAUGUAAAAUGAUCCACCAGCUGACAUUUUGAGCUCUAGCAUUUUAUUGGAAGCAGUCAACCUGAUGAAGGGUUACUGCUCAAGCCCUCAGAGGUCACAAACGUUAGAGAAAUUACUUUGCUUUGACAAAACUAAGAAAGUAAAAAAAAAGUCAACUUUACAAUAGCUUUACGGUAGCAAAUUAAACAUCAUCAACCCAGUUGAUUUUCUCUCUCACUAGCACAGGCUCCCUUGAAUGUUCAUUUAAACUUAUUGUAAGAUGGUUGAAAACCUUAUAAGUGUUUUCAGCCGAACCGAGCCGAGUAUACAUGUACAUGUACUUUCAUUGGUUAGUACUGUAUUGAUAGCACUUCAUUAGUUACUUUAUUGCUUUCAUAACAGUGUGUGCUUUUUUACAUGAUCGUAUUGUACUUUUAUAUGACGUUUCCUUGUGAAAUCCUCAACAGGAAAUGAAGUGCAAAAGCAUCUGUUGGGAAGACCCAGUGCUCCUUCAGCAGAAGUGGUUGCUAGGGCGCGGUCUAAAACAGUCGAAAGUCUUGAAGAUAAUGACAGUGACACACCAUCAGAGACAUCUGGUUAGUAUGGAAAGAUACUUUAGAGUUGUAAGCUCUUUAAAAAUAAUUGAUCGAAUAAAGUUUUAGUACACAAAAUCAUAGCCCCCAAGUCAUUAAAGGGGCUACAUCUGUAUGCAUGUCAAAAGAAUAUUGCUGUUUUGGGUCAAUGCUGUACCGAGGCCAUUAAUGGUACUUAGCACCUGUACCCAUACACAAAAUGUUCCUCUAGAGUUUAUAUGAAGAAGAUAAUCAUUUAAAUUCCAUUUAAUAGGAGCAGAAAUUACUUUAACAAUUUUUUAUGCUGAUUUUUGCAGGCAUCGCAUAAAAACUUGUAAAACUUGGCCCAGUUAUUUAAAUCCAUGUCAAUCCUUGCCAUCUGUAGCAAUAGAUGGCAGAAAGCAUUUUCAGUACAUUUAAAUAUUAUUACUCAUACAUACAUGGACCAUUAUUUUUUGGAAUUCAAUGGAUGAGAAAAGACAUAUUUUAGCUUUUUGAAAAGAUAGCAAAUACAGUUGGUGUAUUUGCUAUCAUUCUUUUUAAAAAGCUAACACAGUGAUGUAGCUUCUUCCUCUAACUAUCCUCAUUCUUGCAUGUCAUUUACAGUUGUAGGGACUGAGACUCAGAAAAAACGGUUGGCAACACAAAGAAAAACUCUUCAUCCUGUUGUUAAUCGUUCCUCAAGCAAUGGAGUGCAAGCUAGCAGGAGACCACCACCCUUACCCCCAGGGGCUACCCCUGUUACUGAGAAAGCAACAGUGUUAAAAGGUCCACCUUUACCACCUGUGCCACGCCCAAGACCCGUCUCUGCUUAUGAUCAUACACAAGGGGGUGGUGUUAAACUUUCUGUCAGCAAGUCUGUUUCAAUGAGUGCAAUAUCAAAUGUUUCCUUAGCUGAAGGUAAUGGCACAAUGCUGCUUGUAUUACAAAGUUAAAGUCAGUAAUGCUUUUUACAAUAACUUAGCGAAUCCUUGCGUGCUGAUCGGUCGAGAGCUAUGGUCUAUGAGAGUAUAGACCGUGGAAAUAACGUAACAUGUCACACGAGAUUUUCUGACAAAGUUCGCAGGAAACUAAAAAUAAAUGUUAUUGUAAAAAACACAUCGACCACAAUUUUCCAUGGUCUACACUCUUAUAGACCAUAGAAAUGUUGCCAUAAAAUGUUCAAAACUUUGCAGUGAAACUACUCACCUGUGGCUCGUGGUUUCACUUGAGUUUUGAACAUUUUAUGAUAUCAUUUCUAUGGUCUCUAAGAGUGUAGACCAUGGGAAAUUGUGGUCGAUUUGUUAAGUACAUGUAGUUUCUCAUUGUUGAAUCAUUCUUGGUUCAAUAACAGAUUUUCAUGAUUUAAAUGACUCCAUAUAGCCCUUCCAAAUCAGCAGUUUAAUUGUGCUGGAAAUAUGCCUACACAAACAGCUGUAAUCACAUUAAUUUUCUGUUAUUUUGUGUGUGCACCGAUCCUAGUGACAUUUUGAGACAGCAUGCAUACAUUAUAUUAUGUUGUAUAUGUACAUGUACUUGUUUUUUUGUGCUUAAUCCGCUCCAUUAGUAUACAAGGUAUAUGCAGUUGUAUAAUUUAGAAGGUCAUACAUGUACAUUACAGUAGAGUGAUACAGAGGCAUGAAAAAGAAACAUAUAUGUAAUAGAAGAAAAAAAUACAGAAGACAAAAUAUGAACGAAGAAAGGCAAUUGUAAAACAUUGUAUAGUGAAACUAACAAUUAUGGCCCAUUAACAGGUCAUCACUGGCUUUUGACUUGACUAUGCUCUCAUAUGCUCUCUCCUUUUGCCUAGACCAAUCUCAAUACUCAUAUGCAUAUGAACAUGCAUUUAUUGGUACAAGUCCACCCAUGAGUGCAUCAUCAGCCCACAGUCCCGCCAAAGCUCCUACAGAUGAGGCAGGUGGUGCUUAUGAAACACCUGAUGAAAAUGUUGUCAAUGAGUUUAUGGAAGACAUUCAAGAAAAGAGAGCUGCUACUGCUGCGUACGAGACAGCAGAUGAACAGGCAAUGGCUGGGUUUGUGAGCAGCUUGAAGAGAAAACACACCUUGAAUGGACUCCAGUGUGGUAAGCACCAUAGCUUACAUUUUCACUGCUGUACUAGUGGUUGUUUAAUUGGGACAGAUCCAGAUAUUAGACACUAUUAUUUUGUUUACUGUUUAAAGAACUGUGAAAGCAUCUGUGUCAAAAGUAAGGCUCUAGAAGACACACUUAACUUUCUUAUGUUUCUGAAAAGAUACUUAGGUUUGGAAAUUGAAAUAUUCCUUACAAGUCAGCUACAGCUGUAAGUUUUAAAAUGAUCAGUUUUGCUCACUGCAGAGAAUUUCACAGUACCAAUACAAUACCAAACAACCAUAGCUUAAGCACGUUCUACAGAAAAGACAUGUUUAGGCUGAGACAAAUGGGGCAUAAUUAACAGAAUUAUUUUUGUUAUGUGACUGUGUCCAUAAUAUUAAAAAAGAGGGCAUGAUCAGUGAAGCAAAUCCUGUGUUCUGAUUAGCUGCUUGAAUCUUCAGUGUUCUCCCCUUAUCAGGCGGUAACUGGUAAAAUUUACCACUUGAAGCAACCCUUCUUACUGCCUGCAACCACGUGACGGUUUACUAAAAUUAAAAAAAGUAGAUUUUAAAAAAAGGAAGUGACAUGUACAUUACUGUAUGAUCUGAUCUGAUUCUCACAAAGAAAAUGAAUAAAUAUAUAAGGCAAAGUACUUAAGUAUACACAGCAUUUCAUUUUAUGGGGCACCCAUUUUGGAAAGAGAACAUCAAAGACAGAGUAAAAUUAUUGCAAUCAAAUGUUUUAAUUAAAUUAAUUGUCUCAAGAGAACAACAGCCGAUUUGCGUAAAAUACACAAUGUAGGUCUUAGGGAAUGACAUUUCAGAGAACUUUGCUCCUAAAUUUCCUAUUGGGGCAGGGCCAUGUCCCUCACUCCACUACUCCCUUCCCCCAGGGAAAGUGCAACUCUGGUGCAUAUUAAUUUUUUUGCCUUACUGGUCAUGAAUGGUCCCUUACCUGCUGAGCUAAAAUUUAGGGAGAACACUGGUUUUGCCAUCUCAAGACUGCCCAGUUUGUGCCUUGAGAAAAGAUUUUGUUUUGGUGAUAUAAUAAAUCCUUUAUUAAUAACCAAGCUUGCUCUGUCAAUAUGGAUGAAUGUUUGCCUUGUUCAUGUUUACAUUUGACUUUAUCUGAUCCCAGAAAAGUGUGGGGAAAAAAGAACUUGUCUAUUAUCCAGCCCUCUUGCUUGUUUCAUGCUUUCAGUGGAUACGUAUUGCUCCCAGGUGACAUUUCAUUUUUAUUGCACAAGAUAAUGUACUGAUACAACUGAAAGUAAAAAAAAUACAAACAAAAUAUAGUUGUUAAAAAUAGGUGAGCAAACGCAGCUGAAAUAGUUAAGUGCAAACUGGUUUAAGUAACUGUUAAUUUGUGUUUUGUUGUUGAUUCAUUAACAGACCUGAGCACAGAUGAAUCUGACUUUUCUGACAGUGAUCAUGAUUACACAGAACCACCAACUGACGAAAAAGAUGAAGAGGAUGGUGAUGACCACAAUGAUGGUAAUUCACAGUAACAUCCUUCCUAGAAAUUAUCAUUCAAUUAACCCUUUAAGUCCUAAUAUCCAAAUACAAAUUCUCCAAACUGGUCUCCAUACAUUUCCUUAAAGAAUGAGUUAAGAGAAUUUGAUAAAAGAUCAAGGUAUUUUCUCUUUGGUGAUCAUAUUAUUAAUUCUCAUAACCUAAUCUCUUAACAAUGUAUGGAUAGUGUUAGGAGAAUAAUGAUGUUGGUCACCAUUGGGACUUAAAGAGUUAAGGAUUAAACAGUGCAGAAACAACACAGCAGUAUCUCUGUUACAUAGUCAACUAUCUGUAAGACAAACAUAGGCAGUCUUAGUAGUGUUUACCUCUUGCACAUGUAGGUCAUAGGAAUAUGUUACAUGAAACCUGUAUGUGACACAAAUAGUGAGCCUGGGUUACCUGUGAUCGUAGAAGAAAGUUGACUGUAUAUACUGUUUAGUAUUAUCGAAACUGACCUUUACUCCAGAUGAGCACUGAUAAGCCUUUUCAGCCAGGUGAUGCUGUUUGUGUGCCUUAUUAAAACAUUUUUAUUUUUUAUGUUAUUUUUCAGCAUCAUCAGAACAUUCCUUCUCGUCAGAUUCCUCUCACGAUUACUGUGUUCCUCCAGAGAGCAUAUCUCCUCCUGAACCCCCAAACAAUUAUGGGGAUGUUUAUGAUGAGGUGGAUGAUCUUUAUGCAGAGGUGAGCUGUGUGGAAAAUUAUUUUCUUGUAAGUGUAUUGGGUUCCAGUUACAUGGGCAGGUAGAGUUUUUUGGGAAUUUACAGUAAGACAAAAUGUUUCAAAUUCUUGCUAAAUUCACAUGGAUGUGCAUCUAAAGCUGAUUUUCAAGCUGUUCUGACAAAGUGGAAUUACAGUGUAAUUACACUGGAAACUAAUUGCACUUUCCACUGGAUAGAGAUCUAUCCAGUUGAUAGCGCUAUCCACCCUUUGAACAACUGAGGCGAGUACUUUAACUUCAUCUUGGUCCAAACGUAAAAAAACUUGUCUUGACAUUGCACAUACAGCUCAAUAACACAUCUGUAAUGUUACCCCUUGCUGUAGUCCCUGUCAUGAUCUGACUACCCUUAAGUUCUACAUUGAACAUCUUUUGAAUUUAAGUAUAAUUUCACCUUCUUUACCACCGUAAAAUGGUUAUUAUCACAGGGUAUUUAAUUUUUUACUCUUUCAUAUUUCAUAGCCUAUCCACAAGUCAGAUGGAGAGGGAUUUUCUUCAGGUAAAGACAUUUUGUUAACAAUGGUUAUGUAAAAGGUUUUUAAAAAAUGGUUUAAAGGCUUGUUUAUUGUGGAACGUGCACUUAGCUUAUCCAGCUGGUUUACAGGCACUGCACUCAAAUACUUAGACACAAAUAAUGAUUCAAAUACAACAUAACGGGAUCAAAAACCCCAACUGGCGGGAGGCAGCCACUUGGCUAUUUACAUGUACAAGAGUGGGCGAAGAUUUGAACUCAAGACAACCAAGAGCAACUCCAGCAAUUCGCCAGAGCAGGACUCGAACCUGGGACCGCCGGAUUGCGAGUCCGACACGCUGACCACUCGGCCACGUUGCCUUCUUAUUAAAUGACUUAUUGCUGAGUAAAUUCUAAUUCCAUCCGUCGUUAUGCGAGCGAUAAAACAAACUCAGAUGACCAUGUAGUGUCAGAGAGUCUGGUUUGUUUACUCACAAGGUUGAUAACACAUUGGACGAUAUGACAAAAAACCUUUAAAAAAAUUGAGCGAUUAUUAAAUAUUACAGUGUUUGAUUAAAGUUUUAAAACCUAUUCAUUAUUAGAGCAUGAUAACGACUAGAAGGUACUUGCUUUGCCACAACAUCCGCCAAAUUUAAGGGCUUGUAAAAUCAUUUCUUUUCUGUCAAAAGAUCUCAGAUUUUGGAUCUGCACUUUGAAUUGAAUGAUAAAGUUUAUAGCUACAAUGUGCACGAAAACAGUUUUCGAACCUUGCACUAUAGGUGCGAUUUGUUUGCUUUUUCUCAGGCGAGCAAAGGCAAGCGGAAAGUGAGCAAGGAGCUUGACACACACCGGCAUGAUGGGCCCUCUUGACGUGUCUCUCUCUCUAUGCCUACUUUGAGCGUGCCUUUGCUCACCUGAAAAAUAAAAAAGCGCAUCUUCUGCAGGCUACCGUUAUUGUUUCAAGUACACUUUAACCGUUUUGUGUUCAUGUUUCUUUGUAGAUGAAGAAAGAGACACUUUUGCAGAAGGUUAGCAUUCUUGGCAAAUUAGUCUUUCCUGGCCUUCCAGGAUUUAUAUUUCUGCGAAAUUUAAUUAACUAAGGGAACAUCAUCCAGAGCUCUUUCUAUCUCCAUUUUAUGUUGGGAAGAAAACAAGGCCUAAAAGUGUGCCUGAAUCUUACCAUUUGUGUGAUGGAGGAAAUGCAAUGUAUACAGCAAAGAGUGCCUUGUUUCUCCGUUGUACUCUCUAUUCUGACUCAACAUAAAGGUUUCAUUUCAGUUCUUUAAAAACAAGUAAAAACGAGUGAAAAAAGCUUUGAGAGGUUCCUUGAAUGAAUACAGCAAAUUUUAAGUGAAAAUUUAAACUACCUAGAAUUUUACAUCCGUGAUUGCUUGGUUAUACGCAAGGCAUAGGGCUAAGUGGCGAGUUUUGUAGAAUCUUGUAGUGGUCCAAAAAUUAUACAAUAUUUCAAGUUUCAGAAUAGCGAAUACAUCUAUGAAGUAAAUGAGCAGCACAGUUUGAGUCAACAUGCCCCAUACAGUCUCUUUUUUUGUACAUGUAGCCAUUGCAUAACCUUUGCUUUUUCUGUCAAUUGUUUUAACAGAGCCCUUGUAUCAGGUCUAUACCCGGUGCACACUGCAGCGUCAGCGAAGCAUUAGUCGACAGCGCAUGGGCAGUGACAGCAGUGAUAAGUCACUAACGGAUGAUGAAGCCUUCUUGGAACAGCUAGAAAAAGGAACGCUGAGAAACAUGAGAGUGCUUUGGUGUGAAUUACCUGAGGUUUGUUGAUAAUUAUAUAGAUAUAAUAAUUUUCUCUUAAAAUUGAAAGGAAAUGUUAAGUAAAUUUAUUUUAACAAUAGUGGCGAUAAUCUUUGAGUGAAAGAGUUCAUGUUACCUUGGAUCAAUACAGCAAGAUAAUAAAUGGUAAAUAUUCAGUGGAAUACUUGAUACGUCAACUUUGGAUAAAGAGUUAGCUUACGUCAAUCAGUGCUUUUAUAGAGUCUGUAACAAAGCAAGAUUUAGAUGUCUUUGUAACCCUCAACUUUAAAAAUCUUGCUCAUCUUUUUAUAACCUUUUUUAGCAAUCAAUUUUAAGUAAUGUUUUUACAGUUUUAUUUUUCCACAUUUUGAAAUUUUUAGUGAAAUUUAAAUUCAUUUUUCUCUAAACGUAUCUAAUUUUGUAGGAAGUGCACAUAAAUAGUUUUUUCGAGUUUAAGUUAGUGCUCUUGCUUAGUAGGAAACCGUUAUCCAUCUAUCUACAUCUUAACAAUCUUUUGAAUAGAGGAUACGUAAGGGUAUCUUUAAGUAGAGUGAUUCAAAAGGUCUUUCAUGAUAUGCUCCUCUUCCGCAGGUCAAAGAAAGUGGCAUUUUAGACAACAUAAAACGAGAGGAACGCAAAAGACAAGAGGUAAGUAAUAUAAUUGUAUACAUGAAAUCAUUUUCUUGUCUAUGAAUCAAACGUUCAUUUAAAACAAGUUUUCACUGUUUCGUCGUAUAAAAGCGUAACAGUAUAAACUUUGCGAACUGGAGAAAGACUACAAAAUAUUGAAGAUUUUGUAAUUUACUGUCUUGUAGAUAGAGCACCUACAUUUUCGUUUUAGAGGUAUUUUUCACUGCACAAAGCACUUCUUAAGUGUUCGUUUAUGGUUUCAACAGUGUCUGUUGUCCGUCUUAGAGAUGUGUCCGUCUUAUAGUAAAGAAAACACUCAACUGGACCUGAGGUCUAACACUUGUGGAAUGCAGCUACUGUUCCAGCAGCUAUAAGUUUACUUAGCCACGCAUGUGCAGUACGUAUACCUACAAGACGAAUGAUGGGACUCCCGAUCAGAGCACUUAAAAUAGAAAAUUUGCUUUACUGUGCCUUUCAAUGACGUGCAACACAUGGUUAACUUCAUAACAUUCUUGCUUCUACUUUUGAUGACAACAAAUAUCAACCAAAAGAAAUGAUAAGCUAAUCACUUCAGUAUAAAAGGUCAUUUCGGAAUUCAAAACACCUCACUUUCAAAACGAGGCUAAGCGUGAAAAGGAGUUUCAAUUGCGUGAGAAUAAAAAGCCUCGCUUUGAAACAGAGGUUUGGGGCGACUUGUUAAUGGCCUAUUUAAGCAAUGACAAAGGGUCACUAUAGGACAUAGGGUCACUAUGUCUUGAGAUAUACGCGUUGGUACUGAAUCGUGGAAGUGAGAACUGUCAUUUGAACUAUAAGGUCGCAUAUUAUUAAGGAGAGUGCUUUAACUGUGUUGAUUGCAGGCAAUGUUUGAGGUGAUUACGUCAGAGGCAAGUUAUCUCAGAAGUCUAAAUAUUCUGAUGUCACAGUUCAUCAAAUCUGAAGAGUUGAACGCAGGCUCCUCGCUGUGUGUUUUAGAACGAGGCCAGUCACAUGUGCUGUUUUCUAAUAUAAAUUCCAUCAAGUCUGUCAGUGAGAAGUAAGUUAAUGCAGCCUCUCUGUAAUAACAGUUUUAUUAAACAAGUAAAGGGUUGAUGAUUCUUAGGCAUUUGUUUAACCCUUUAAGCCCUAAUAUCAACAUACCAAUUCUCCACACUGAUCUCCAUACGUUUCUUAAAGAUUCAAUUGAGAGAAUUUGAUAAACGAUCAAGGCAAUUUUCUCAUUGGUGAUCACUCUCGAGACUUUCGGAUAGUUCUUGCGUCUACACGAAAACCAUACCGGAUAGGGCUUCUGUUCACACUCAAGAACAGUGAUUUCGGCGCCGUUUCUGUAAGACUAACGGCGAACUCAUAAGUGAAGCGUCACAUAUCGGAUAGGUUCUGUGCCACACUUUGGUGCGGUGUUACGGGUUUUCGGACUGUGAAGGAGGUGAAUAUGAAAUUAAUUUUUAUGAGCUUCACCGGCUAAUUUGGUCACCAGGGUGAUUAAAUGAAGAAUUGCAGCCAUUUUCUUAAUCAGAUUAUUUUCGUUUCGUUGUUUGUUAAUUUUUAAAAAAAUCUUGGUUUUUUCUAUGUAUCACGACCAAGGUAUUUACCUAAACGAAUGUUUCACUUUGUGGUUGGAAUGUUUGUUGCUGAUCACUUGUUCGUUACCUUGUAGCUUUCUCCAGGCCUUGCGGGCACGCCAAAAGGAAGCUUUGGUUAUAUCAUCUAUCAGUGACAUUAUUGAACAGCACGUAAGUUGAACACUUUUUAUAUCGUCUUUGUUAGACUAAAAUACAGUUAAAACCCGCGACUAAGAACCUUGUUUUUAAGAACCUGUUUAGCCUAAAAUUUGAAACAGGUUCUUAUUUCCGUUCUAAAAAUAUCUAUAAAAGAAAUUCUCUACACUUGGGCAAAUAACAAAAGUCAACAUUGAGGAUCCUCUUUGGAGACAUAGGUGCCUUAAUUACUCCAACUCCAACUGCAACUGUAUACAAAUUUUAAAAUACGUAAAGAAUGAACUGAAUUCCUCCAAAUAUUCUUAGCUACAAUGUAUAUUUUUCUUCGGAAAAUAAGAACCUCUUUAAGAACCUAAAUAGCCUAAAUUUGAGCUUAUAACCAUUUAUGUAAGAACCUGUUUAGGCUAACUUGGAAAAAUGCAGGUUCUUAGUCGCGGGUUUUUACUGUAUUUACUUUCCUCAGCUCUGCAAUCAGAUCUGUUUUUCUUACACAUUAUACUUGUUUAAACUCAGCAAAGAAUGCCCAGUUUUUUGCUCUCCGAGAGAGAGAAAUCAGUUGUAAAAACUCAUGUGCUGUUCUUAGCCAACUGUCUCUCGUCAUGAAUUUGUAUCCCAUAACAGGCUACCCAGUACUUUGAGGUUUACGUCAAAUACUGUUCCAAUCAGAUCUAUCAGGAUAGAACAUUAAGAAAUCUAAGGUAAGCUGAAAAAACAGAUAGCGUUUGUAUUUUUUUAGUCAGUAGUCUCACCUUGCUAGAAGAGCCUUGCUUUCACUUGCUCGAUUUUGCCGUACUUGAGUGAGACUGCAUCAGGGUUCGUACAGGUCAUGGAAAACCUGGAACUGAGUCAUGGAAUCUAAGAAUUGCAUUUUCUAGGCCUGAAAGUCAUGGUAUUUAAUGGUCGGUCCUUGAAAGUCAUGGAAAAUUGAAGUUUUGUUUGGUAGAUUCGUUACUGCCGAUGACAAAUCAAGGACAAUGUAAGAUAGAGCGAAGUGACGGAACAGCGCAAACGGCACACAUUUAGGUGGACACCAGAGUUUGUGUCUGUUGAACUGUUUAAAGUCAGAAAUACCCUAAAACACAAAAGCUUUAAGAAUAAGUGACAGCUAAAGCUAAGGUCAUGGAAAAAGUCAUGGAAAGUCCUGGAAUCUGAGGAGCUCAAAAGAGUACGAACCCUGCCCCAUGAAUAGAGUAAGAUAUUGUUGAGCAUGCGCUGCUUGUUGCUAGGAUACAGCUUCAAACUCAGGCCUAAUAUCCGUACACUUGGUACAGCGGGCUCAGUCAUGACCACCCGCUUAACAAAAAACGGAUGUUCGCAGUCAAAGACCGGUUUGACGAAAAAACAAGAUUUACUCGUCCAGAAAUUCAGGUUUCGGUGACUUCAAAGAGUUGACGUGAUUCAGGCAGAGCUUUCUUUUCUCCUUCUCACCAAAAAAGCUGUACUCACAGGGUGAACCAGUCUAAAAACACUUGGUGCAAACAAGAACAACAAAUAUUAAACAGCCGUUAUUGUAAGAAGCAGUGGCGGAUCCAGACCCGUCAGAUGAGGGGGCGGGGGGUGGUCAGUCAUCCAGAUCCUGAGAUGGGGGGAGGGGUCCCAAAAAAGAUUUUUCAGCCCCUCGGUCCUCAGUUUGGUCUAAAAAUAAGGGGGGACUCGGGCCCCCCGGGCCCCUCCCUUGGAUACGCCACUGAGAAGCGUGAUCAUUUUUUUAAAGGUAACUACAGCUCUCGUUUUUUUAGUCGAUUAAUUUUUAUCUCUGCCAGGAUAGAGCUGUUAAAAUGCUUGUCAAGUUAAUACAAGGAUUUCACAGUGAAAGAUAGGGAUGUCAAUCGCCAUACAUGUUUUGUCUAACAAUUUUUUGUACACAAGAAAGCUAGUUCUGGUACCGCUCUCACUCGUUAGUGUCUUUCACGAGUGUCUCAAAGCCGCUAUUCGAACAUAAAUUUUUUGGCACUUUAUUUGAGUGUCAAUGUAUUUAGCACGAAAGUACUAAUUGGGGACAAUUUCUGCAGUUUGCUGUGUUGAGAACUGAACAUGGAGUUUUUUUGUUAUUUUACAGAAAGAGUGUGCGUUUUUCGGAGGCUAUGAAGAGACUACAAAGCAGAAGGGAAGUACAGGGUUUGACACUGCAGUCAUUUCUUGUUCUUCCCAUGCAGAGAAUAACGAGACUUCCUUUGCUUGUGAAUGUAAGUAUUUUGAAUAUCGAAUUCCAAAUUUCAUCAUCUCUACCAGGCAUUCACCACUGUAGAAAUGAGGAGUCUGAGCCGGGUUAAAUUUCGCAAAGACUUCUAGGACUGUUUUUAGCGAAGGAAAAUAAUGGGCCAAUAGCUCACCGGCGCGUCCCCAGCAGCGAUGCUAGAAGGCUUUGCGAGAUUUAACCUCGUCCAGCUUUCUUCUCGUUUCCUACAGUGGCAAAAUAGUCAUUUGCAAGUUGCACGGAAAGACUUGACUGGUAUCGCUAUGUCUAAAUGCACUACGGGAUUGUUUUGGAACGCAAGGUCAUCUUUGGUUGGUUGUCACAUUUUUGCGCAGAAAACUGGAUCAAAAUUCGUCCACUAGGACAGUUCCAUAGUGCAGUUCGAAACGCCACCGACUCUGUCUUCUGCGCGACCUCCAAAUGGCCGAUACCCUGGGUACUCCAAGGUCAAGUCAAAGUCUUUAACCCAGCAAAACUUUUCUUUCUUUGGGCAUAGAAGAUAGUUAAAUGAUGGAACUAUGCUGCGUUCAAGGGGUUAGGAAUUCGAUGCGGCAAGUUUUGGGAAAAGGUGUCUGACUUAGCGUGUCUAUUAUUUGUGCCAAUCCUGAGGUGAGAGUGUGGAAAUAACUGUAUAUUUGACCAAACCCACACGCUAAAGACGUUUCUGGCUCUCCUGGUGUUAACAAAUUUUUUGUUGACAUUUUUGUCAUUAUUUUGUACCUCUCUUCUUAGGCCAUCUGUCAACACUGUGAAGCUGGAAGUGAGGAGUUUAACAGAUCAAACCGGGCGUUAGCUGCUAUCAAUAAGGUGAGUAACACUGAACAAAAACUUCAUCUAAUUUUGGUUUUUGUCGCCACUUGUACCCCGUGGAUAUCGCGGAGAUGCCGCAUCGUCUUUCGCACUUCCCUGGUUUCGUUCAACAUGAUUAAAAAAAUCUUUUCUUUGACACCUUGCUGAUGAGUAAGGACAUGUUAAGAUUGUUGUUUCACGGACAUACGCAUUUAUUUCCAUUUUACCCCACUUCCUCGUCCCCUGUGCUAAAAAAAAAUAUUAUUUCCUUCUCAAACUCUUAACUUAUACUGCUCUCUGAGUUUGGGAUAUCUUCAGGACUCAAUGUAAUUGGAGGCUUACGAUGUGUAUUUUGUAGAUUGUAAAUGACUGCAAUGAAGGGGCAAGAAAAAUGGAACGAAUGGAGGAAAUCUGUGUUUUGCAAACACAAAUAGAAUUCAAAACAAAGGUUAGAAAACAGCUUGAUUGCUUAUUACUUAGGAUAGGAACCGAGCGCAUUAAAAAGGUUUUUGUAUGUAUGUUUGUGUGGUAUUUUCUGUUAUGUUUCACUCUUUGAUGUGAGUGGUUUUCAAGUAAUAAGACAGUCUAGUAAAAAGCGUUGUUUUUCGUUCAUUUCCGCCCUUUUUCUUAAAUAUCUAGCCAAGAUCUCAUUCAAUCAAAAAAUGACUCAAUUAGAUUGGAGUCCUUGGUUCAAUAAUUGUUUUAAAUUUUUCGAUGAUUUUUUGAAUGUUUUGAAUGUAUAGAGUGAUUUUACUUUACCAGUGAAACUGAGAAUAACAACUACUGCAAAAUAGCUACAAGUAAACAAAAGAAGACAAGGGAAUAGACCUUUUUACCGAUACGGCGGCCAUAUUGAAUUAAUUUUAAGGAAUAUUAUAGGAUGUCCAGGGGGCAUGAGCACAUUUCGUUUGCAUUUUCGAGCGCUUUUCGGGGCAUUUUUUCUUAAAGUUUUCUAAGAAUAAGGUUGUAAUGAGAAAAAAGAUCCUUGUGCCGAUGUAAUAAUGAUCGCCUUUUUCUAGUUUAGUAUUAGAAAUAUGGUCUUUCACUGUAUAUUUCUCGGGAAAAAGGCGAUCAUUAUUACAUCCAAACACGGCACAAGGAUCUUUUUUCCCAUUAGAAUCUUAUUCUAAGAAAACUUUAAGAAAAAAUGUCCCGAAAAGCGCUCGAAAAUACAAACGAAAUGUGCUGAUGCCCCCUGGGCAUCGUAUAGUACGCCUUAAAUCGAAUUUAUUCAAUAUGGCCGCUGUAUCGGUUAAAAGGUCUGUUAGAACAUAAUGGGCCUAAUUCACACGGUGACAAUAUUGUCCCGAGAGACUGAAAAAAUCUUUGUUUUACUACCCUCGACCUCGCAGUGAAAAACUUGGGAGCGAGGCUAGACAGGUAAAACAACGAUACUUUAGUCUCUCGGGACAAAAUGGCCGCCGUCUGACAAGGGCCCGUAGCGUGUAGUAUUCUAUUACCUAUUUCAUGGGUUAAGUAAAAUCACUCUAAAAAUUAGGGGGAGUGGAUUUUAAAUAUUUUUGAAAAUUGAAAAAUAUUGGAUUAUGGGGCUGUUAAAAAAUUAAAUCCCCCCCCCCACCCCCCCACCCCAAAACCACAACCAGCAGACUGCCCCCUUAAUUCUCAUCGAUGUCUAAUAAGGACCAAGGUAUAAUUUUUCAAAUAUCAGAAUAGCGAGAUGAACAUAACAGGAUAUAUAUACUUAGCAUAGUUGUAGUGAUGAAGUAUUCAAUAAUACUCACAAGUUGAUAACUCGUAUAUUUUUGCAGCCUCUCGCUUUAGCGACACCGUCUCGAUAUCUGCUCAGACGAGGUGAUCUUAUGCAAGUUGUGGAGGACUCCAAGAGCCCAUUAAAGAGACUAAAACCCAAAUUGAAAUCUAUUUACAUGUUUCUUUUCAACGAUUUGUUACUCGUGGCGAAAAAGAAAAGGUAUGAAAGUUAAUUGAUUGUUGCGGAUGCUUUAAGCUUGUUAUAAUUGUCUACGCGGGCUGUUGCAAGGGUCCUUCGUUCAAUUUUUUUGUCUUUGUCUUAGCGAAGUUGAUAAAAUCAAAGUCACAAGUUAGCUGAUGUUUACCGAGAUAUUUGCUUAGACUAAUAUUAUUUAAUUAUCGUUAAAGUUUCAUCUUUUGUUUUCCCUAUCAAGCUAAUCUACUAAUUUCUUAUCAGUGAGAAUCGGUUUCAAGUUCUGGAUUACGCCACACGUAACAUGACCCAAGUGGAAGAACCUCAGGAAUUGGAUAUGAGUUUAGAUCACGUGUUCUCGUUGGUAUUGUUAGAGAAUUCUGACAGUAAAACCAAGGAGUUCUUGAUGGCUGCCAACAGCGAGUAAGUAGUUCUAAUAUUAUGUGUCACCUGAUGUUCACUUUUUAAUUUUUGUUAUACACAGUUGUCUAAUUUCUUCUUAAAGGAAUUUUGUCACAAAAUUUAUCAAGAUUCAAACACUAGAAACGCCACCAAACUGAGUGAAACAUAAAAAUAACCUCUUAAAAGAUGACACAAAGGGAUAAAUAACACAGAAAGUACAAAAGGAGGCGCGGAUGGGCAAACUAAGUAGGGUGGGGAAGGGGGGGGGGCGAGCGGUCUCCAAAAAACCUUUUUUCGACCCUUCGGGCCUCAGUUUGGUCUAAAAAUAAGGUGGGGGGGGGGCGUCCCCUGGAUCCGCCACUGUAAUUCGUAGGAGACAUGUUUGCUUAACGAGGAGCUGGGAUCUGUCAUUCGCAUAUAAUUUCUCAAGUUCCAUUGCGAAUGAAGUCGCAUAAUUUGGCAUUGUUAACAAAAUGAACUCAGACAAUCGUGAUGAGCCCCUUUGAGCUCAAUUUCCUCCGUCCUUUUUGGGUGCCAAUAAUUUUUUUCUUCGGCCUUUCAGAACGGACAAAACGCGUUGGAUGGAAGCGUUCAAACCGCCAGCCGCCGAGCAAGAGGGCGAAACCGUGUACGCAUCUUGGGGUAAGGACAGUGUUAUGAACUGAAUCCUAAAUAUCCUAUGAGAAGAAUACACGUACAACAUAGCUUGCAUAACAGGCGCCUCAUGAGCUAAGCGAGGUGAAUGGGCCCUUCGCGUGAAGCGCAACACAGGCGUAAAAAACAAAAACGAACAAAAGAAGCAAGACUGAUUUUACAGUCGGGAAUAUAUAUUUUUUGUUACCAAAAUUUCGAAAGCCAGGCACGGCCUUCCUUCUUCAGGGUCCUACAUGAUUGUAUGUAAGACCCUGAAGAAGGAAAGCCGUGCCUUCCUAAAUAUUGGUCACAAAAAAAUAUAUACUCCCGACUGUAACAACAGCAUUGCUUCUUGUGUUCUAUAUUUUAAUUUUUAGCUGAUAAGAUCCUUUAUUAGGAUCCGGUCCUUUUAUUUUAGUUGUAACGUUGGUCCUUGCUUCGAAAAUUGAAAAAAAUUAGUGUUUUUCUCUUUUCCUUCCUCUCUGAUGUCUCGCGCUUCGCACUCGCGUCCUUAAACUGAGGGCCUGAUCGCCCUCAGUAACGAUUACAAGAGAGCGAUUGUCAGUUAGUUAUGUAUUGAUUGGCCAAAAAAAUAUCACGUUUUCUUCCCAACCAAUCAGAAAUGAAAGCUUUCGAGACGUGCGCCUCCCGUUUUCCCGCGCUUCCAUGCAGUUGGUUUUAUGAUUUCUUUUUCAGUCACAAUUCGACUCUGAUUGGAAUUUUUUUGUAAAUACCGAUUCUGUUGUUUCUACCUGUCAGGGUGGUUCGAAGAGAAAAUGAACUUUCCUGGCUUAAUUUUUUUGAAAAUUCAGAGAUCACUGUAAACGCAUUAGCGGAAAACGAUGAUGAUUAAUUUUCAUGCAACAUUUGUUUCAUAGAUUGCCCUCAAGUAAACGCGCUUCAUAACUACACUGCCCAACAGCCAGAUGAACUAUCACUUUACGAGGGUGACGUCAUUAAUGUGCUGAAAAAACUCCCGGAUGGUAAGUGAACUUAUACACAGCCUUUCACACAUGCACAAUUCAAAUUAGCCUGCGAGAAGGUUCUCUUCCCCCCCCCCCCCCCCCCAUCCCCCAUCCCCCAUCCCCCAGAGAGGUUUCUAGACAAGACAAGACAAGACAAGACAAGGCUUUAUUUGGAGUCUUAUACAGUCCUAUGUACAUCGACUUUAUCCAAAUAAUUUAAAAUCAUAACACAAAUUGCACACUAGUGGAACUAUAAUCAAUGUUAAGCUAAAAACUAUCAACACAAAGUAUCCGCCAGCCUUGCUUCUACUUUCAGGCUAGUUUGUCUUGCAUACAACUGUAACUUGGCCUAUUGCAAGUUUAUCCCAUUUUGCGAACCUUCUGGGGAAGCGAAAUGGGUUCGAAUCAUUGAAAAGAUCGAAACAUAGUGGGUCCUCAAUCUAAUCUAUUUUCCAUUAUUCCUACCAACUUACUUUGUCAAAUGUAGGUGAAUCCCCUUGAAGUUGAAUUCCAAGAGACCAUAUCCAAGUCCAGAAAGGGAAAUAAAAUUUCGUCGUUGCUAGUUUACGUUCUCUAUAAAACGCGAAAUAAGGCACUCGUGCAAAAAAGGCACAGAAAUGUACGAAGAAGUGUGAUGCACGUGCAAAGUUGUUUUUUGACUUAUUAAACCUUUUUUUUUUUACGUUCUCGAUGCGGUCACGUCGUUGGAUAUUAAAGUCCGUAUUGGCUAAUUUUUUACCCUGUCUCCUGUUACAAUCCCAAAAGUCUUUGCGAAAGUUAACACGGCCCAGUCUCUUUCUCGUUUCUUUAGUGGCGACUUGUUACAAAAACUCAAAGUUUAUUUAUUUAAUAUUCUAUUUCUUUUCAGGUUGGUAUCAUGGCGAGAGGUUAUGCGAUGGAACACAAGGCUGGUUUCCCGCCAAUCACACUGAGGAAAUUCUUAACGAGCACGUACGUGCCCGCAAUCUACGCCAGCGGUAUAGAUUGUUAGCAGCUUCAAAGCAUUUGAUUGGUGGAACACUGAGAUUAUGA